UCUUGCGGUAAAUGUCAGGGAGAUGAAGUAAAGCAGGACUCCCUCUGGGUGAGUGAAGAGUCCCACUCUGAGGUGGUUGACCGAAUGGGCGGGCAGUCCGUCCCCCAGCCCGCCCGGCCGCCAUUCCGCCAUCCCAGGGCGGCUCGCUUGACAUCACGCGAGACUUGAGCGGGAAGAUGGCCGUCGGAGGGACCGGUACCUGGGCGCUCCUCCAGAGGGAGGCCUGAGUGCGCCGUCUCUCCGUAAAGCCCGGGCGGACAUACACACACUCACUCUCAGGGGAAAAUGCGAGCCGUCCCCACCUGGAUCGACAGGGUGCACGACAGGGAGAAGGUCGAACAGUGUAUUUAUGAUAUUGCAUUCAAGCCAGAUGGAAGUCAGCUGAUAGUAGCAGCAGGAAACAGAGUCCUGGUAUAUGAUACUUCUGAUGGCACUCUUAUUCAGCCACUCAAAGGACACAGGGACACUGUCUACUGUGUUGCCUAUGCUAAAGAUGGUAAACGAUUUGCAUCGGGUUCCACUGACAAGAGCAUUAUAAUCUGGACUUCAAAAUUGGAAGGCAUCUUGAAAUAUACACAUAAUGAUUCCAUUCAGUGCAUCGCAUACAACCCAGUCACUCACCAACUGGCGUCCUGUUCCUCCAGUGACUUUGGUUUGUGGUCGCCAGAGCAGAAAUCUGUCUCCAAGCACAAAGUCAACAGCAAAAUCACCUGCUGCAGUUGGACAAAUGAUGGUCAGUAUCUGGCCAUUAGCCUGUUUAAUGGUAUUGUCAGCAUUCGAAGUAAGAGUGGAGAAGAGAAAGUGAGAAUUGAGCGACCUGGUGCUGUCCCAAUCUGGUCAAUUUGCUGGAAUCCAUCCAAAGAUGAACACACCGACAUCUUAGCUGUGGCGGACUGGGGGCAGCGACUUUCCUUUUACCAACUGAGUGGGAAACAGAUUGGAAAAGACAGGGCACUAAACUUUGACCCCUGCUGUGUCAGUUACUUCUCAAAAGGGGAGUAUAUUGUGAUGGGAGGCUCUGAUAAACAAGUCUCUUUGUACACAAAGGAUGGAGUUCGUCUCGGUAGCAUUGGGGAACAGCAAUCCUGGGUGUGGACUUGCAGGGUGAAGCCAGACUCCAAUUAUGUAGUCGUAGGUUGUCAAGAUGGUACAAUUGCCUUUUACCAAAUAAUUUUUAGCACGGUGCAUGGAUUAUACAAGGACCGCUAUGCCUAUCGAGACAGUAUGACUGAUGUCAUUGUCCAACAUCUCAUCACAGAACAGAAAGUGCGGAUCAGAUGCAGAGAACUCGUGAAGAAGAUUGCUAUCUAUAAGAACAGACUAGCAAUCCAGCUGCCGGAAAAAAUCCUGAUCUAUGAGCUCUUUUCAGAAGAUAAUACUGACAUGCAUUACCGUGUAAAGGAGAAGAUUACUAAGAAAUUUGAAUGCAACCUUUUAGUUGUAUGCUCACAACACCUUAUCUUGUGCCUGGAAAAAAGAUUGCAGUGCUUGUCAUUUAGUGGUGUGAAGGAGAGAGAAUGGCUCAUGGAAUCACUUAUUCGCUAUAUUAAGGUCAUCGGAGGACCAUCAGGAAGAGAAGGCCUGUUGGUUGGUCUGAAGAAUGGUCAGAUUCUGAAAAUAUUUGUUGACAACCCAUUUGCCAUUGUGCUUCUUAAGCAAGCCACAUCUGUACGCUGUUUAGACAUGAGUACAUCACGCAACAAACUGGCUGUGGUGGAUGAACACAACACUUGUCUGGUAUAUGACAUAAGUACAAAAGAACUCCUUUUCCAGGAGCCGAAUGCCAAUAGCGUGGCUUGGAACACCCAGUGCGAAGAUAUGCUUUGUUUUUCUGGUGGUGGUUUUCUCAACAUCAAAGCCAGUAAUUUUCCAGUGCACCAACAGAAGCUUCAGGGCUUUGUGGUGGGAUAUAAUGGCUCCAAAAUCUUCUGCUUACAUGUGUACGCCAUGUCAGCGGUUGAGGUCCCGCAGUCUGCACCCAUGUACCAGUACUUGGAGAAGAAGAUGUAUAAGGAAGCCUAUCAAAUUGCGUGCUUGGGUGUAACAGAGAAUGAUUGGAGAGACCUAGCAAUAGAAGCUUUGGAAGGGAUGGAUUUCGACACUGCUAAAAAGGCAUUUAUCAGAGUGCGGGAUCUCCGCUACCUGGAGCUUAUCAGCAGCAUUGAGGAGCGUAAGAAGCAUGGUGAAAAUGACAAUGAGCUGUUCCUCGCAGACGUGCAUGCCUACCAAGCCAAGUUCCAUGAGGCAGCUAAGCUGUACAAGAAGACUGGAAAUAAUAGUCGUGCCUUAAAUAUGUAUACUGAUCUAUGCAUGUUUGAUUAUGCCAAGGAUUUCCUUGGCUCAGGCGAUCCCAAGGAUACAAAGAUGUUGAUUACUAAACAAGCAGACUGGGCCAGGAAUAUCAAUGAACCAAAAGCAGCUGCAGAAAUGUACCUGUCUGCAGGGGAGCAUCUAAAAGCAAUUGAGAUCAUCGGGGACCAUGGUUGGGUUGAUAUGUUAAUUGAUGUAGCUCGCAAAUUAGACAAGGCUGAGCGGGAACCCCUAUCAAGGUGUGCCUAUUUUUUAAAGAAGCUUCAGCAUCCUGGAUACGCAGCAGAGACAUAUAUGAAAAUGGGAGACCUUGAGGCCCAGGUCCUGCUGCAUGUGGAGACCAGGCACUGGGAAGAGGCCUUUGCUUUGGUGGCUCGGCACCCAGAAUUCAAAGACACUGUGUAUGUGCCAUAUGCACAGUGGCUAGCAGAAAAUGAUCAAUUUGAAGAGGCCCAAAAAGCAUUUCACAAGGCUGGGCGGCAAGAUGAGGCAGUCAAGGUUCUGGAGCAACUGACUCACAAUGCGGUUCUGGAAAGUCGUUUCAAUGAUGCUGCCUAUUAUUAUUGGAUGUUGUCUAUGCAAUGUCUGGACAUAGCUCGAGAAAAGACAGAGAAGCAACUGGAGAUGCUUAAAAUGUUUCACCAUUUCCAGCACCUGGCAGAACUUUACCAUGCAUACCACUCAAUCCAGAGAUACACGGAUGAACCUUUUAGUUCCCAUUUACCCGAAGCACUCUUCAAUAUCUCCCGAUUUUUACUUCACAAUCUUACAAAGGAAACCCCUUUAGGCAUCUCCAAAGUUAAUACUUUAUAUGCUCUAGCCAAACAAAGUAAAGCGCUUGGUGCAUACAAACUGGCCCGGCAUGCCUAUGACAAACUACAGGGUCUUCGCAUUCCUGCUAGGUUCCAGAAGUCCAUUGAGCUGGGUAGCCUGACAAUUCGAUCUAAGCCAUUCCAUGACAGUGAGGACUUUGUACCGAUGUGCUACAGGUGUUCAACUAAUAAUCCAUUGCUCAAUAACCAGGGAAACGUAUGCAUUAACUGUCGACAGCCUUUUGUAUUCUCUGCUUCCUCUUAUGAGGUGCUGCCGCUUGUUCAGUUCUAUUUGGAAGAAGGGAUCACGGAUGAAGAAGCAGUGGCCCUAAUUGAUCGUGAAGUGCCCAGCAUAGAACUGAAAAACGAUGGAUGGCAGGAAAAGAAUAUUGGCGAUACACAAACUCUACAGCUUGAUGACAGUGUGACCAAGAUUGAGACAGACCCAUUCACUGCAAAACUGAGCUUUGAGCAAGGUGGCUCAGAUUUUGUUCCUGUGGUUGUGAACAGGGAGGUUCUGCAGUCAAUGAGCAGGAGGGAUGUUCUGAUUAAACGCUGGCCAAAGCCAUUAAAGUGGCACUACUAUCGAUCACUGUUACCUGAUGUCUCCAUCACAAUGUGCCCGACAUGUUUCCAGAUGUUUCACAGUGAAGACUAUGAGCUGCUUGUUCUCCAGCACAAUUGCUGCCCAUACUGUCGUCGCCCAAUAGAUGAACCCAGUGUCUGAUCACCACAUGCCAUUCCUGGGGUAUGGAAAUAUCGAGCUGAAGAACUUUACAGCUGCUACUAAUGUUAGUGGCAUCAUCUGUUGUACCUUGGUCUAUUUCACGCUGACCUUCCAGUCCAGGCUGGUUGUAUUGUGGUGUCAUGAAGACCAAUACCAUCAUUUAGAACACUGAACAUACAAGUACCUGAAAUAGUCACUCCCUUAAUCUGCAGUGCUAGCAUUCAGUUCUUGAGUGAACAGAAAAUGAAACUAUUGAGGACUGUACAUGAUGUAAGAAAUGUGGAUAUUAACUAAAAACUCUCAUGGGUGACACAUUUAUGAUGUGACCAGUUCUUUAACUACAAUCCUACCCCCCAUGGUAUAUGAUACAGAUGAGUGAUACUGGUUCAUUCAUUAUCCCCAACUGUAUUAAGAGUUUGCUCCCAUUUCCAACUCCUGCUGCCUCCCUUGAGUAGAUGGUUUUCCAAGAGACAUGUUGGAAAAUCUCAUUGGACUAUAACUGCAUACAUCAGCUGCAGCCAAGUGUGUGAUUGGUACGUGUUUUGGGGCUGCUAAAGAGCUUCGACUUUGGGGAGCAAUAUUCCUCCCAUUGAUUUGAAGUAUAUUACAGAACCAGAAUAGAUUUACAACACUCCCCCACCUCUCAUGGUGUGCAUUUCUGUUGUGGUUUGCCAAUUUAAUCCAGUUACCUCAAAGAUAAAUUAAAACAUUCCACGUGAACCAAAAUAAGAUCACAUCCACCCAAUUUGAAACCUACCUACAGUAUAUAAGAAGAAUUACUAAAAUAUUUUCAAAACAUUAUCCUACAAACAAGGCCCCAUGUUUAGAUCAGUUGAGAAACAAAGAAAUGUGUGUGCAGUGAAGAUAGAAUUUAUAUUUUCAGUAAAUUUAAUUAGCAGGUUUGAAGCUUGAUUAUUAAAUGAUGCCUAGAAUGAUUUUCCAUUUCACAUCAAACAUACACAUAGAUCAUAGAACGUCACAGGCCUAACAUGAUCUUUUCAUUUAUGUAGUGUUUGAUGGUCUUGCAGUCUGUGCUGAAGGGUAGCUUUGUAAUGAUGUUGUAGUUGUACCUAAACAUUACAUGAGUCCAUCUGACAGAUGAUGAUAUUCCCCGCAGCAUACCAGUGGUUUGGGUCAGACCAUUGGGGUAAUAGUCUCUUUUCAGUGAAUGAAAUAAGCUUUGGACGAUCACAACCCACUUUUCAGAGAAAGCAAGUUUAUAACAACCGCCACUAUUUAAUUAUGGGGUCAAUUUUUUGGUUGCAUACUUCUGACACUGAGCAUCAUCUAGCAGAGUAGCACAGCAGAAGAUCAUACAACAUAAGUACAAAAUAAGAAAACUCCUCCUGAUACUUGCUGCUGACCUGAUUUUUGUACUAAGAAUAUUACCAAGUGGAAUCAUAUUUUUAACUAGUCAAUCUGAUUCCAAUUGGAUUUCAGUAGACAUUAAAUAUCUCAGGCUGAUGCAGCAGGACUUUUGGAUUAGGGUAUAAUUGAUUGAACAGUGCAUAGGGAAUUUGACUCUGGGAUUGGCCUAUUCCAGACUAUCUCUGGGAGUAUUUGAGAGGGACAGUGUAGAGAGAACUUUACUCAGUAUCUAACUCUGUGCUAUCCCUGUCCUGGGAGUGUUUGAUGGGGAGAGUGGAGAUGAACCUUUGCUCUGUAUCUAAUCUCCUGCUUUCCCUGUCCUGGGAGUGUUUGGGAUGUGGACAGUGUGGGGAGGUUUACUUUAAGUGCAAAAGGUUAUCUAAGCCUGUGCUGCACCUAUCCAGAGUGUUUAAUGGAGACUGUUUCUUUAAUUUCAGUUUCUAAAGAGUAGACGGCAUUUUGCACUAUACCUAACACUAUGCUGCAGCUGUUACUGAGUGUUUGAGGGGAAUAGUGUCAAUAAUGUAUCUGAAACACUGAUUUUGUUACUGACUGCAAUAAUUUUCCAAUGGCAACACCACCUGACCUCAUUUACGGAAAAGUGUUUGCCUUGCCCUGCCCCUGCCCCUCCCCCGACUAAAGUGUUGAGCAUUAUGUUCACAAUGUUAAGAAGGAUUAUAAGAAUUAUUUUUUUUUGACCUUGUAUGCAAGGAGAUCUAGAGGUUGAGAGGAUGUCAGCCCAAUAAUAUUGUGAUGACCAACAUUUGCUUUCUAAGAUGACAAUCAGGUUUUAAUUGGACCCACAUGAAGCAGAUUGCGCUCAGCACAAAUAUGUGCAAAUGUAAAUAUGUGAGACUGAAGGUUUAGGUUUUAUUGUUAUUCUUGUGAUUUCCUUUUAUCAGAGCUCAUUGAAUAGAGGGACUCUGUGGAGGGGCAGCUGUGGAAUGGCAGUAGCUAUGCCUUGGGUAUACAGUUCAAAGAGUGCUCCUUUCAUUGUCCAAUAAACUGAUUUAAGGUUAGGCCUUUGAAGGUAAAUGACAUCAUGCGAAAUGUACAGGGGCAGCUUAGUUUUUUGAUGGAAGGAGUUUGUUAGAAUGUUGCCAGAAGUGAACACAUUUUUCUUCUGUGUUUAUUGUUACAAAAUUAAAACUGUCAAGGAAGUGUUUAAUUUCACUACAAAUGGAUACUGAAAGUCUU